AUGCAUUUGUCAAUGGAUACCAUGGGAAUGGUGGAUGAUGGCUGCCUGUCACCAGACAAUUAUGACAUGGUAAAAGGAGGGGCGUCCAGUGGAGGAGGCCGUGUUCACAGCAUUGAUGUCAUCCUGGGCUUCAAUAAGGACCAGGACCCUUUACUCAACACUGUGGGGGAUGUAGGGGGCCAAAAAGUGGACAAUGGGAAGCUGGAGGACCAGGGAAAGCAGGUCCCGUCCAAUCCCUACGGACAUCUUCCCAGCCUGGUCGAUAGCACACAGCAGUUAACCUUUCAUGAGUCGAGCCUUUUCUCCCGUGACAAGUGUGAGGGAGAAAUGAGUGACCUGCAGAGAGAGGUGGACAGCGACUGUAAGUCUCCAGAGCCGGCCGAGGAAGACAAUCCCAAGAAGAAGCACAGACGGAACCGCACCACCUUCACCACGUACCAGCUCCAUGAGCUGGAGCGAGCAUUCGAGAAAUCCCACUACCCUGACGUAUACAGCCGUGAGGAGCUGGCCAUGAAGGUCAACCUGCCAGAGGUCCGUGUGCAGGUGUGGUUCCAGAACCGCAGGGCCAAAUGGCGACGUCAGGAGAAGAUGGACACUAGCAGCAUGAAGCUCCACGACUCGCCAAUGAUGUCUUUCAAUCGACCCCCCAUGUCCUCCAAUGUAGGCCCGAUGAGCAACCCCCUACCCCUGGAUCCCUGGUUGACCUCGCCAAUGCCCAGCGGCCCCCCCAUGCACAGUAUACAAGGGUUCAUGGGGCCUGGGCAGGGUCUACAACCUACCUACACCAGCCAUGGCUUCCUCAAUACACCCCCGGGCAUGGUCCAAGGUAUGCAAUCCAUGCCCCCUCCACCCUAUCAAUGCCCCUCCAACUUCAGUGAUAAGUUCCCCAUGGAGGACGUGGACCAGAGGAGCUCCAGCAUUGCAGCAUUGCGGAUGAAGGCCAAAGAGCACAUUCAAUCCAUGGAUAAAACAUGGCAACAUAUGUGAAUGAAUGGCUUAAGCCAGGCAGAAGGAUAUAUCAUGG